AUGCAAGCUGCGUGUGUUUGGACAUUUGUUGUCUGGAUGUUUGGCUCUCACCGUGCAGCUGCGGAACAGACGCUUAAUGACUCCUCGCUUCUCGGCGAGAUGUUCUCACACACGGAGAGUUUACUGAAUGUUUCGGCCAAGUCGGGGAACCGGACUCCGGGUGUUUUCCUCCUGGACUUUGACGAAGGGAUGCUGGAGGACUGGCGCGCCCUGGCCAAUAGGAGGAGCAGGGGGAAGGAGUCGCAGGAGUGCUGGGUCAAGGUGCUGCUGGUGGCCGCCUACUCGCUCAUCAUCGUGGUGUCUCUGUUCGGAAACACGCUGGUGUGCCAUGUGGUGGCCAAAAACAAGCGCACUCAGUCCUCCACCAGUUUAUUCAUCCUGAACCUGGCUGUGGCCGAUAUCUUCAUCACAGUGCUUAACACACCGUUCACUCUGGUCCGCUUUGUGCACAGGACCUGGGUGUUUGGGAGGACAAUGUGUCACAUCAGUCGCUUUGUACAGUAUUGCUCUCUGCACGUGUCCACUCUGACUCUCACCGCCAUCGCUCUGGACAGAAGACAGGUGAUACUGCAUCCCCUCAGACCACGGAUGACCCCAGCACAGGGCGGUGUAUGGGUGGCUGUUAUCUGGAUAAUGGCCAGCUGCUUUUCCCUACCACAUGCAAUCUACCAAAAACUCCUGACUUUCACCUACAGCCCAGAAAUGGAGCGCAGCCUUUGUGUCCCAGAUUUCCCUGAGCCAUCAGAUGUCUACUGGCAGUACAUUGAUCUCCUGACCUUCAUUCUGCUGUACAUGCUGCCGCUACUCAUCAUCACUGCAUCCUACACCACGGUGGCUCGCAGGCUGUGGCGCCACAACGCCAUUGGCGACACAACGACAGCUCAGCACGCCACCCAGAGGAAGAAGCGGCGGAGAACCUUGGCCAUGCUGCUCCUGGUGGUUGGGGUGUUUGCUAUCUGCUGGUUUCCACUCAACUGCUACGUGGUGCUGCUGUCCAGUCAGGCCAUCAACUCCUCAAACGCCCUCUUCUUCUGCUUUCACUGGCUCGCAAUGAGCUCCACCUGCUACAACCCUUUCAUUUACUGCUGCCUGAAUCCCACCUUCCGCCAGGAGCUGCGGCUGCUCCUCGACAGGUGCCGACUGAGGCAGAGAGCGGCGGUCGGGUUAGAGCCCCAGGGAGGUCCCCCGGUUGCCUGUGCUCCAUGUCACCGAGCCGCCUGGCCUGACAACCACGAGUCCUCCAGGCCGAGCCGUGCUUUAUCACGCCCAGGCCAGGACUCCUUGCAGCAGAGCCAUGCCUCCUCCAGUCAGAGCCACAACCUGAAAGACGCACAUGUGCUCUUCACGGCCAGGCAUCCGCUCACUGGGAAAACAGACAUCUUCUCAGUGGAGCCCAUUGUGGCUGUACGAUAACUAGAGACAGUUGCAC